CAAAUAAUAUAUACUUAUACAAAUACAAAUACAAAGAAUACAAAGAUGACACCAAAGAUAAGGAUUGGAGUACUGGCAUUGCAAGGUGGAUUCAUUGAGCAUGUUAAUAUGACUAGAUCAGUGGCUGAUGAUAUAGAGUGCGUUGAAUUGCGUUCAACUAAACAGAUUAGAGAGUUCAAUCCACAUGGUUUGAUAUUACCUGGUGGUGAGUCUACUGCCAUGGCCAUCAUCGCUGCUCAAGACCCAGAGUUAUUCGCAUUGAUCAGAGACCUAGUCCAUGACAAGGGUGUCUCAAUCUGGGGCACAUGUGCUGGAUGUAUCAUGCUGAGCGACAACGUCGAGAGACAGAAGCAAGGAGGAAUCAAUCACAUCAUAUCAAGUCAAACAUUGAUUGGAGGCAUGGACUUGAACAUUAGCAGAAACUACUUUGGAAGACAGAUCAACAGCUUUGAGACGACUCUGCAGUUGAAGUUGGACGGCGCAAACAAUGUGGACUUUGAGGGAGUGUUCAUUAGAGCACCAGCAAUACUCAAGGUCAACAAUCCAGAUAUUGAGGUGUUGGGCGAGUUUAGACAUCAGAAGAAGGACAACACAUCAGAGACUAUCAUCACUGCUGUCAAAUACAAGAAUAUGAUUGCCACAGUCUUCCAUCCAGAGCUCACCAAAGACAACCGAUUCCAUCAAUACUUUGUUGGUGUCGUUAGACAGAAUGCUGCCAAGUUAAUA